AUGAGUGAUUGCUCUACCCCUACUGAAACACCUUCAAGUGGGGAACAGGAGCCCACUAUGGUGUCUGUACCUGUAGUGGGCUCCAGCGCUUCUGAUAACAUGGCUACCUCUUGGAACAGCGGAGAAACCCUCGGCCUCCACGAAUCAUGCAACUUAUCUUCUCUGUGCAACAGCGGCUCCACCUCUCCUGCAAAUGCUGCCCAACUAACCAGUGCAAUAUGUUCCGCCGAAAUAGUCUCCCACGACAACUCGCCCUCCACCCCCUUCAUGCACUCUGGUAUCGUGCACGAUGCAGACUCGACCUCCGAAUCGCUGGAGGACAGAAUGAUGGAGGACGGAUCUCUGCAAACCACACUCUCGGUGCACGCAAUCGUUACUCAGGAAUCCAUGUCCGCCUCUCAGGAGUCGGAGAACAGCGAGGACCACCUCAGCGUCGUCGACAACAUCACGGCGCAGAACUUCCUGCAGGAGUCGGACCUGAUGAAUGCUGCCUCUUCCGCUCUGGGACACAAGAAGGAGGCCGAUGAAGAACUAGACAAAUCUGAUCUUCACCAUAAUUUACUUUCCUUGGAGCACCAGUCGGUGUCCAGCACUCAAGAUCAGAUCGAAAGCCUGCUUCAGGAACAGCAAGAUCUGGACGGACAGGUCUCGUCCAUCACGGAUUACCACCUCGACCACUCGCAGGCAUCGGAGUUGUCCGUGGGAAGCACUUCGCAGCUGGACAUAGGUGGCACACUUCCCGAGGGAGUGACGGCAGACGGUGUAUGCUUGUCUCCCUCCUCGAAUAGCAGCACUUCAUCUCUGGAUCUACCAGGUGGUGUGAGUAUAUCAUCUGGCAUUGGCCUUCCGCCUGUGUCUACGAUCAUCCGGUCGUCGGCAAAGGGAAGAUUUGACGUGUUUUGCAGGCCUUCAAACAUCAGCAUGAUCAUGGACAUCCCGCAGUUUUUGGGCAACAACAAUUCUUUCGAUGCCAUGACCUCCAUGAACAGCAUUCAGCGGCUGACCUCGAGUCCCUGCGACAGUCUCAGCAAUGUCUCCUUAGCUAGUCCAAUGGAAGUUUCCUCUUCCAGGCAUAACACUUGUACAGAUGUAGUAAUGGAAAGUGUAGAUGUUCCUCUCUCAUCUUCAUUAGUUUGUUCAUCCACCGCUAUCAGCCACUGUGCAUCCAUCGUGGAGAGUCGAUGCAUAAAAGCUAACACUGUGAUGUCUUCUCUGGGACCAGUCAUGCUCCAGAAGCAUGCGCUGUCUGAAAUGACGGACUCUCAGUUGGAAUCGGAAACCAACCUGAACUUGCCCAUCACAUCCACGAGUUCUAUUCCAAACUUCAUUAAUGUUCCUCUCAGAGAAAUCAUGCACAUUUCUACUUCUCCAUCUCAGGUAUCCCAACAUCUGUCUCCGAUGGCCAUCGAAGAGAUGCAGAAAGUGGCCGAGAUCAACGAACAUCUUCGCUCGGGUGUCGGCACGCCUUACACCCUGCAUUCGAGUGACGAGUCCAUCGCGAUGCUGUCCCCUCACUUCAGCGUCGCCGACGGCAUCCAGCACUCGGACAAUUACGUCGAUGUAGUCAGUCAGAGAUCUCAGCCCGCGUCCGUGUCGGCCAUCGAGACAAAUGUCAUCAUGUCGACCUCGAACAUCGACUCCUCACCAAAGUUUUCCGUGGCCGAAAUCAAGGCCAUCGAGCAGAGGCUGAGGACCGAACAUUCUCGGAGCGCCCGGAACGUCAAUCACGAAAUGGAGGGGGCUGCGUUGAAUUCCGAAGUUAUUAUUCCAGAUUGUAUAGAAACGAAUCAGAGCUCAGAUAUUAUUUAUUCUAAUGUACAGAAUGCACUGGAUGACGACGCAGAGACUAGAAAAAUUUUAAAAGCUCAUAAUAUUAUGAGGUCAACUAUUAUUGAAAAGAAUUUACUCCAGUCUCAAGUCAUUAAAAAUGAGUCUUCGGUCAUCACCAGCCCGGAAGGCACUCCUUCGAAUAACGCGGCAGGUGUCGGUGCAGCUCAAAGUAACAAUGGAGACAUAGUUACGAUAAAAACGAAUAAAAAAUUAGCUUUAUCUCACGGUCGACAGGAUUCGAUGCCGAACGUCAGUCCAUCGGCAGUGACGGCGAGCGUCAUCCAGCAACUUUUACGGGCGCAGUCCCCGCCCUCUAAGCUGCGGUCGACAUUACAGCAUAUUCCCAGAGGAGUCAUCACUUCGGUCAUGUCUUCGAAAGGAGACUCCAUGGAGCACCAGGAAAUACUCAUUUCCUCAUCACCUGCGGAAUCCAGUUCUGGGAAUAUGAAGAAGGAAAUGAGAGAAACAGACAUUUCAGUCACUGCAGCUAAUAUUUUGCAGAAUUCAAACCUAAUGGACACUUUGGAUAGUUCUAAAGACAAGUCCAUCACGGUGACCAUCGGCAUACCCGAGCAUUCGGUCAUCAGCAGGAGCAGCAAAUCUCCGUCUCCGCUCGGGGACAAAGAUGCCGGUUUACCCCACUUGAACUCCACUGUCCUCCCUUCGCUGUUUUCAAACCUUUCUGCUAGUGCCCUCGCUUCCUUACAAUCGAGUCUGUCUUCUGCUCUUCCUCUUACAAUCCAAUCUUCUCUGCCAAAUAUUAGCCUGGGAGAGAGCACUUCCACCGCCUCCAUUUCCCCCGUGUUAUCCUCCCCGCCCCUGUCUCCAAUCCUGCUUCCCAACAUCCUGCCCGCCACCCUGAGGACUGCCGGAAUCAAACCGGGGGACAUCGCCGUGAGUACGAACUGCGUCACGUCCUCCACCGGCGGCACCAACCACCUGUACAGCGGCCUUCUGAAGACGGUGGGGCUCUCCGGGGUGAAGCAGGAGCCCGGCUCGGGACCCCUGCCGCCCUUCACCGUGGUGUCGGGCCUCGUGAAGCGGGAGUUCGGCGCCACCCUCGCCUCCAACCUCAUCGGUGCUAGCGGUGCCCAGAUCCCCGUCGUCACCAUCAAGCAGGAGCCCGGGGUCACCCGAGCCCAAGCCAGUGCCUCGGAAUUCGGCCCUUCCAUCGUGUUGAGCGCCGGGACGGCCCUCCCCGGCAUCGCCUCCAUACGCCUCCCGAAUGCCGCCGCCGUGCAGCUGCCGGUGGUGGUCGCCACCACCGCCGCCCCGGAGCUGGCGAGUAAUCCAGCAGUGCCUUCACAAGCCUCCACCAUCGCCUUCGCGGUGUCCACCUCCUCCGUCGCCGACCACUCGGCACGGGAAGCGGAGGACUCCGACAAGGCGGACGAUUGCCCGAUGUGCAAGAACGGCAGCCCUUGCGGUCUCCAUCCGACGACGCAACCCCGGGUCGCCAGGGCGGCGACGGCACCGGCGCCGCCCCCGCCCCAGCCGGUCCUCUCGGGAGACCCGGCGAAGCCCUUCCGGUGCACCCUGUGCGGCAAGCACCUGGCUUCCAAGAACGUGUACCAGCUGCACUUGCGUAGCCACUCGGGGGAGAAGCCGUUCACGUGCAACCUGUGCGGCCACCACUUCUCGCAAAAGACCUCCCUGACUCGCCACAUGCGGUCCCACACGGGGGAGCGCCCCUUCCCGUGCGACGUGUGCGGCAAGCGCUUCGCCGACAAGGAGCGGAUCAAAAUCCACAUGCGGACGCACACUGGCGAGAAGCCCUUCGCCUGCGAGGUGUGUGGCAAGCGCUUCUCCCAGAAAUCCACCGUCAAGCGGCACAUGAGUGUCCACACGGGCGAGAAGCCUUUCAAGUGCGAGUCCUGCGGGAAAGGCUUCGCCAACAGGGGCAACCUGAAUGCACACAGCAAGACGCACGCCAACACCUAGCGUGUGGCGGUGCAGUGUACAGUUUUAACGACAUUUUUAGUCAGUAACCUUAAUUAGCCCUGUGAGCGACAAAAGAUUCUGCCACCGACGCCGGUUAGCGAGCCGGAUUGACGU